GGAACUGCGCCUUGUUUCUCUGUUUCGACGCCCUUUCCGACUUGCUCAACAUAUCAUACGAUAUCUCUAUGUCUCGAUAAAAAUCAGGCCGUAGCCGGCAACUGACUCGGAUAGUUGAUUUAUAUUGGAACUGGCCCGCAGCCGUUGCUCGCAAAAAAAAGUCCUCCCACACUACUAGUAUUCACUUGCAGCCAUCAGGAACUUCAUCUUCAAAUCUCGACGGACAAUGAAUGGAAUUCAAGAUCGCACGCGAGUCGUCAAAUUCAAUGAACCCGCUGUUUUGCCGCAAUGCAUUCAAACAUCUGAUGUUGGCGGGUUGAUCGGGCACAAAAUGGUCUGAAACGGGUGACGAAGCUGUCCCCAUCACUUCUCAUCGUUUUCAUAUUCUUACUUGUGUCGCUCUUUAUUCAUGAGGCACUCCCCACUCCUUACUCUCGCUUCUUUUGCUGCAGUCGCCGUCGCUUUUCCUUACCAGCUUCAAAGUGGCGCUCCAGGACUCGACGCUGCUGCAAAGCAAGGAUGUAUCUCUGCUUCCGAAAAUGGAGACGGCGCUCCCGUCGUGAUCCAUGACUGCAAUACCGAAGAUGUUUCCAAACAUACCUGGGCUCUCUCCCUCUUCACUAGGCAGAACGCUGGACCACAGCCGAUCAAACUCUUCAACACAGACAAGUGCUUGGACGUCAAGGAUGGUUCUGACGCCGACGGAACCAAACUCCAACUCUGGACCUGUGUCAACGGAAGUGCCAACCAGCAAUGGAUCUCUGUCAACGAUUUUACCUUCCAAUGGGCUAAUACCGACAAAUGUAUAGACCUCCCCGACGGAGAUAUUACCGACGGAACUCAACUUCAGAUAUGGACUUGUGCUUUCAACAACGCGAAUCAGAAGUUUAGCGGUAACAAGGUCCCUAACACGGAAAGUUACGGUUCCAACCUCGUCGGUGGCUACCCCGAUGCCGGUCUACCCAUAAUGUGUUUGGUGGCAGGAUCCAAUACCGAGGGAGCUGGUGUUGCUCUCGCUGUUUGUGAUAGAGUCACCGAAACCUUUCCGGCCGGGAAUCAAACCUGGGUCGUGCCGACGAUACCUUUGUCGGGUCCUAUCAAGACCUACGGAGGAAGCAAGUGCUUGGAUGUCAAUGGUGACUCAAGCAACGGUAACCUCCUCAAAAUCUCGACGUGUGAUGUGGGAAAUGAUAACCAGGUCUGGAAAGUCGUAACUUCUCCUCAAUCUACAAUCUCUCUGGCGGGACGAAACAAAUGCAUCGAUAUCACCAACGGUAAUUUGACUGCUGGAAACCCGCUACAAGUUUGGGACUGUGACGGUUCAAACCACAACCAGAUGUGGUUCGUUAGCCAGGAGUAGAGGUUCCUUGGUGAGAACUAGUGCCGACAUGGCCAGAUAGCUAAUUUAUGUCGCUCUAAAUAUACUCAUUCUGUCCUUAUUGACUUCCUUACCAUUCACUACGAAUAUCUGUUCACAUAGCACCCUUCAGCACUUCGCAAUUUGCCUGCAUGCAUCGUUAUCAGUGGUCAAGCACUGUGUACUCAGUUGAGG